ACCCCUUUUUUGCAAAAAGUAGAUAUAGUAUAUAUUCAUAUAAUUCGAACUAUUUUACGGGAUCAGUUUACGGUUACAAUAAAAUCAAUAAUCCAUAUUGGAUUUCAUAACCAUCGAUGCAUGAUUUUUAUCAACAUGGUAGGUAUAACUUUAUUACUUCCGAAGCAAGUACCUACUCAACUGAAUAAAUAUGAUAAGGGUUUUGUUUUCAGUGCAUAGCAUUUGUUUAAUUAUUUUUUUUAUUAAAAAUGUAGCUCUGGAAGAAACAUAUAAUGAAGAAGUUGAAGAUAUUACAAAUGAGUACGAUGAUGAAAUCCAGACAGUUGUUCCCCCAAUAGGGGCGCAAUCAGAAGAACUGCCAGACACGCCGAUCACUGUUCAGUGGAAACAAGGAAAAGUGCCAUACUACAUCAAUAAAGAUCAUUAUGGUCAAACAAUAAGAAAUCGCAUUCGCCUUGUAAUGAAUAUGUUGGAGAGGAUAUCUUGCGUGGUCUUCGAGGAUAUAGAAUUGAAGCCGCCGCGGACCAAAAAAGCUAGAGGAGACCUUUGGAUCAAUAUCGAGAACCCUCGUAAGACUAGAGAAUGUUCGCACACACUUAUGAAGGGAUAUGGCGAUUCUGCGGUUCUUGUAUUGGGCUACGAUUGCAUGAGCACCACGGAGAUAACACAUGCUCUGAUGCAUGCGCUGGGCUUCCCCGACGAGGUGACCCUGCCAUCCCGCGAUAACUUCGUCAGAAUAAUGUGGAACAAUAUACAACCUAAGUACAGACCGUUGUUUUGGGCACAGAAUACAAAAGGCAAUCAGCGCAAUGCGUUAAAGGACUAUGAUCCGAUGAGCAUCAUGCACUUCCAUGAUCGAGCAUACACUAUCAACGGCGGUCCCACUAUUGUACCUUUGAACCCAAGCAUCGUAUUGAAGCCUCCAAGCGGUCUUUCGGAGUUGGACCGCUCAAAUAUAUAUAAGGCUUUUCGUCACGAGUGUAACAAGCGUAAAGUUAAUAAUCUGAUCGAACAUUGUCGCGUCGACUACGUCGACGAGUACGACGACUACGAUCAUGAGGAUCAUGAUGUUACCCCAUUAUAGUUUAUCCACCAUGGAACUAAAAAUCAAAAUCAAAUAAAAAUUGUUAACAUCGUUAAUAAA